AUGGCCCAGGAUAGCUUUUCAAAGGACGGUUUCAUCAUUGCUUUCACGUUUUCAAUGCUCAUUAACCUAUUCGGCAACAUUCUCGUCUGCGUGGCGGUUCUGGCAUUUCGAGACAUGCGCAUUCCAAUGAAUUAUCUUCUGGUAAAUCUUGCCGUCAGUGAUAUGAUGGUUGCAGUCUUUAUGUCUCCAAGGUUCGUCUUCAGCCGGACGAUGAACCAUCCUAGGGGGACUCUCGGGGAUUACCUGUGUAAGAUCCUUACCGGAGAUUCUUUCACCUGGACAGGUGCACUGGCUUCAGACUUCACUCUCGUCUGCAUCGCAGUUGAGCGAUAUCUCGCCAUCAACUUCCCCUAUAGUGAGACAAAGAGGCUGACAACUAAAAAGCUUAGAUUCGUCAUUCCACUUUGCUGGAUCUUUGCUAUCGGAGUCAACCUACCGCCGUUUAUGUACCUCAAGUACGACGAGAACUCUGGAAGCUGUGUCCCUUUCUGGCCAACACCAAACUUUAUGAAAUACCACAGCGUCAUUAACGGCCUGAUAUUCUUUGUCUUCCCUGCACUGAUUAUGGGGGUGCUCUACGCUCUUCUAAUUUAUCAACUCUGGUUCAGAAACACAGCUGCAACCACGUCUGUGUCUCAACAAGCAGUGCUCAAAAAUAGACGUCACUCCACCAAGAUGGUGAUCACAGUGAGUUUGAUCUAUUGUAUCUGUUGGUUUCCAAACUGUUUUGCUUACAUCUACGUGGCCUUCUCGGCUAAGCAGUUGUUCGGGGAGGUACACACUGCAUCGGUGCUGAUGGUUUCUUUCAACUCCGCUGUCAACCCUGUGAUUUACAGCUUGCAGAGCCAUCGAUUCCGCCGCCAUAUAGCAGCGCUGUUGAAAAGAUGCCGUCGCAACAAAGUUGGUGUUCAUUACAAAACUACAGAAACAAACACUGUUCAAACCUCUACAACGUAGAGAUUUGUAAACAUUUCAACUCUCCAAGGAGAAGGGAAAGAAGGAAAAGGUAGGAGGAAAAACGUUCUUUACAUUCGGCUUCAGACGGUUUGGAAGAAAAUAGCUCUACCUUCCCACAACUGAAUGAGUAGGGUCUCACUAGUGCUACCACAAGAGCGACGAAGCCUGCGGGUUUCGAGUCUUCGAGAGGUCUGCAAGAAGAGAUAAGCAAGGGUUCAGGCUCUCAUUGUUCGUGCAAGAUCCCUCACACACACCUUGCACGCCCUUUUCGCUCGAGGGGAGAAACUCGUGGGCCUUGUUACUCCUGUCCCAGUACUAAUCAUCAAGCCCUGCCUGCAGACUGGCCUUCUCAUCGUUGGUGCUUCUUUGACUCGUCCCUAUCUCCCACGCACUUUCCGCGGUCAAAAAGGGUGCGACUUGGGGCGAGUCAGUGUCAACUUAGUGAACUGAUAGCAUCAAUGACCUUAUAAACUUCAUAUCUUGGACAGAAGCUGAAUCGCUAUUUUUGGAUCAUGAUAAUCUGGAAAAAGAGGUUUUAAGAUCGAUAAUAUGACCCGCGCUAAUUC